AUCGUGUAGUUUGGCUAGCUGACGGCUGACGCGUCGCGAGAACUAACCCCAUCCUAAAUCCUCCCCAAUCCAGGCGACAAGGAUCUCGCCAUGGCGCCGCUGCCCACCGCCGCCGCGGCCGUCCGUUGCCACCCGCACAUCCUCCGCAGGGGCCUCCUGCCCGCUUCGUCGCCGCUGCUCCCCUUCGCCUCCCGGGUGGCCUCCUCCACGCCGCUCCGCGCCCAGCCCCUGCGCUUCUCGCUCUCCCCCGUCCCCAAGAGCAUCUCCUCCUCCUCGACCUCCCACAUCCCCGUGCGCUCCCUCUUCACCGGGAUCGUCGAGGAGGUCGGCCGCGUGCGCCGCAUCGGCCCGCCGCCCACGCCUCCUGGGGGCGGGGGAGACGCGGCUCCCGGUGUCGACCUCGAGGUCGAGACCAAGAACCUCCUCGCCGGGACGCAGCUGGGCGACAGCAUCGCCGUCGACGGGACGUGCCUCACCGUGGCGGCCAUCGACACCGCUGCCUCCACGCUCACCUUCGGCGUCGCGCCGGAGACCCUCCGGUGCACGUCACUCGGCGAGCGCGUCGCGGGCGACGACGUUAACCUCGAGCGCGCGCUCACGCCGGCGUCUCGCAUGGGCGGGCACUUCGUCCAGGGCCACGUCGACGGCACCGGCGAGAUCGCCGCGUUCCGGCCCGAGGGCGAUUCUAUCUGGGUCACCGUGCGUGCGCCGCCAGAGAUCCUCAGCUUGCUCGUGCCUAAGGGGUUCGUCGCCGUGGACGGAACCAGCCUCACCGUCGUCAAUGUGAACGAGGAGGCCGGGUGGUUCGACUUCAUGCUUGUGCGCUACACGCAGGACAAUGUUGUGCUGCCAAAGAAGAAGGUUGGGGAUAAGGUGAACCUUGAGGCUGACAUUCUUGGGAAGUAUGUAGUGAAGCUACUUGCCGGGAGAUUGGAGGCAACAUCAAAGGCAAAUUCUUGAGUUGUGCCUGUUGGACUGAUGAACUACUAUCAGUAUUAGUGCAGUGUAUUCUUGUCCAUCAAUAAUAGUGCAUUUUUUGCACUAAUGAGUGAAGCUUUUUUUCGUACUAGGGGGGUGAUAUAGUUCAUGCCACUGCCUGUUUCCAUGUAAAAGUUAUAGCGUUUCCGCAUGGAGAAGCUUUUUUCGGGUGUGCAUGAUCUGUUAACCCCAUUCAAAUGAACAAGAUUUGUUUAGUUGUUCAUACCAGGAGUCCAGCUUUUCUGGGACAACAAUGAAUGCUAGUGCUCGUUUGAGUUUA